CUCACCUAGCUGUGGGUUUCAGGGAGGGAAGGGCGGGAUGACCUUCAUCUAUUGGGCCUUGCCUCUUACCUGUAAUUCCCAGUCUGCCUCCAAUACUUCCUUUAUUCGGUCCAUUAAUUGGAAUUUCUUACUAAAUUUCGUCUAUGUUUUUUACGGUUAAUUUAUAAAUUACGGUUCCUCUACCACAGCUGUAACAUCAGGGUUUGCUAUUCAUUUUAUCAAUAUAAAAUUACCAAUAUACAAAGUUAUUAAUAUGGCUUUUGUAGCUAAAUUGUAUUUUUUCUGGAGAUAAGACGACCCAGGGGCAGGGGUGCCAGAUUUGAGUUGCCGAAAGUCGCGAGUUCAAACUUUAGAAUAAAAGUAGCCAAAUAUUUUUUUCCCCGAUUGAUUCGCUUUUCAGAAUAAACAGUCCAGCUUAUUUUAACUGUAGCCGAAAAAGUAGUAAGUAGCGACAUACAUGAGGGCUUUUUAAUUGAAUACAAUUAUCCUUAUUGGUAACCCAAUUGGGCUACAAGUAGCCCAAUCUGGCAUCCCUAGCCAGGGCCGGGAUACAUCAAGCAUUUACAUGGCCACUUUACGAAAGCUGUACAUAUUUCCUCAAAUAUGUGGAUAUGCUCAUUGCUCUAAUAAAUAAACAAUAUUUAUUAAACAGUGUCCGAGCUGGGGAACGCUGCAGAGUCAUUCACAACCCAAGGUUAUUAUUGUUAUAAACAAUCUCAUAGUGCCUCGGAGCUCAUAAACUGUGUAUUUUUUUUUUUAAUAAUAAAUAAAAACUAAGCCGCCAUGAUUGAAGAAAGAUGUAUAGAUUUCGCAAGUGGACACGUAAAUGUGUGAUGACUCCUCAUCCAUUGUUGUGCAAAGCGUAAUUCCACAUACAAAAUUAACAAUGUUCCACGCAUUUUUGUAAGAUAAUUAAAUACAUUUCAGUGAUCGUUGAAGCCUCACAUUGUGCUUCUUGAGCCACAUGUAAGCUCCUCUUCUCAAUUUAGAGUGAACUCUUUAAAAAGAAUGUCUGGAAAGUACGGAGAAUAGUCCAAUACAGCUAAUUAUUAAGAUUUAAUAUCUAAAAAAUACGAAGUAUAGGCCUAUUGAGUGAAAUAAUAAGAAAACAUAUAAUGAAAAUACGGAAUCUACGGAAUACGGAAUCACAGUCUAUUCUGUGAAUCCUUAACAACUUCUAUUACGAAAUUCAGAUUACUGGGCUUAUUGUAUAGACUACUGUUUAAAAAUUUAAAUUUAUAUUCUCACGAUCUAAAAACCCAGACUGGAAUCUAAUAUGAAAAGAGAAUUUAGACUAUGACGUAAAUUUAAGACUGGAGAAUAGGUCGUAUGAACAAGACGCGGAGUGAGCACAGAGGAAGCCACCAACAUGGGCAAGAAAUGUAGCAAGUUUGUUAAGCGAGACACAGCCCAGAACACUCUCCACACCAACCAAGAUGGCAUACCAGAGAGCACUGCACCCUCCCCGCAGACAGCCGAGCAGUCAGGGCAGAUAAAAGCAGGGAGUCUCCAACCACCAGUGCCAGAGGAGAGGAUGCAGCUCGUGGUGGGCAUGUAUUCCUUCGUCGCUAGGGGCCCCUCCGAGCUCAGCUUCAACAAGGGCGACAUCAUGGAGGUCCUUCAGAGUUCAGACGAGGACUGGUGGCUGGCGCGCCAUAUUAACAAUCAUAAUGAAGGCUUCAUUCCCGUACCCUACAUCGCUUCCUCCUCCUCCUUAGAGUGUCAAGACUGGUAUUUCGGGUCCAUAUCCCGAGUGCAGGCGGAGCAGCUCUUGCUGAGCAAGAUAAACACCACCGGAGCCUUCCUCAUCAGGAUGUCUGAGGCUGGCCACGGCUACUCUCUCAGCGUCAGGACAGUGAAGGACACUUCCAACCAACCUCGGGUCAAACACUACCGGAUCUGCUCCUCCGAAAACCGCCAGUUCUUCAUCACCAGGUCGAAGGCCUUUCAGACACUUAACGAUCUCGUUGACUACUACCUGAAGGGCGUUGAUGGCUCAGAACUAGGGAAACUGAUGCGGUACCCUUGUAAAAGACCUCCUCCAGGGAUGAACGACAUAUGCAAGGAUACCAGGGACAAGUGGGAGAUUGAGAGGUCCUCUCUACAGUUCAUCAAGAAGCUGGGACAGGGGUCCUUCGGAGAUGUUUGGCUUGGUUCUUGGAACUACGACGUGGAGGUGGCCAUCAAGAUGCUGAAGGAAGGAACGAUGAGUAAACAGGCCUUCCUGGAGGAGGCCCGGAUCAUGAAGGGCCUCCGGCACCCCAACAUCCUCGUCCUCUACGCCGUCUGUACCGCCGAGGAGCCCAUACUCAUCAUUACUGAGUACAUGAGUGAAGGCUCACUCUUGGAUAUGCUCAGGGCUGACGCUGGCCACACGCUUAGCUUCCAAGAACAAGUCUAUAUCAGCAGUCAGGUGGCGUCAGGGAUGGAGUACCUCGAGGCCAAACAGCUCAUCCAUCGGGACCUGGCCGCUCGCAACGUCCUGGUCGGCUCCUCCCUCAACUGCAAGGUGGCCGACUUCGGCCUCGCCCGCAUCUGCGAGGGAGAGUAUGACGUUGGACCUACCACAAAAUUCCCUGUAAAAUGGACGGCUCCUGAGGCCUUCCUACACCAAUACUUCACCAUCAAGUCUGACGUGUGGUCGUUCGGUGUUCUCAUGAUGGAGAUUCUCACUUUCGGCGCCAUCCCCUAUCCAGGCAUGAGCAAGCAGGAGGUUAUAGAGAGCGUACAGCACGGGUAUCGUAUGGGAAAGCCGGCUCAAUGUCCGGAUGCUCUCUACGAGCUCAUCUAUAGCUGCUGGAAUUCCGAGCCCACCAAUAGGCCAACUUUCAGCUAUCUUCACGACUUCCUCGAAAACUACGACGUCCAGUCAGAGAGAUCUUACUAUGCCCCGCCGCAAGUGGUCGACUGAGUAAAUACUACAUCAACGUUACUACAGAUCGUCCAGGAUAGUUACACUGAAACGUCUACCCUCACUUCUCAAUAUAUAAACACUAUGAGGUUAUUUUAGUCCUAGACUAUGUUUAGGACUAAAGUAUGCUUGCUGGUUGGUCAGUUGGCUAUUGUGGUGGCCUCAGUAACACUCCAGAGGUUGAAAGGCUUUAAACCCAACACCAAUUAACAUGCUGCUUGGCAAGUAAGCUAUUGUGGUGGUCUUAAUAACCCUCCAGAGGUUGAUAGGUUUUAAACCCAACGCCUAGCUUAACUUGAUGAUUAGCCUUAAAUUAAUAACCCUCCAUAGGUUGGUAGGCCUUAAACCAACACCAAACCAAAGAUUACCUGGUUGGCCCACGACCAAGUUUUCUCUCUGUCUCUGUCUCUCUCUCUCUCUCUCUGUCUGUCUCUCUCUCUCUCUCUGUCUCUCUCUCUCUCUGUCUCUCUGUCUC